AAGCUUUUGGUUUCUCAAAUACCUGCCCUAUCUUCCCAUCUGCUCCCCUCACCCCACCCCUUGGCAAAAUCCCAGGGCUUUUUUUGGGGUCAGUAGGAUUCUGGCCACCUCUCCAGUCCGCCCCCAAAAGCCAGACUCCACAUUCGCAGGCAGUAGGUUGGGAUUUGGAAAGGUGCCUCCCCGCAGGAACCCCACCCCUUCCCACCUCCUCGCCCCACUCUUUCUCCGCGGCCGUCAGUCUCUCCAUUUCCCCCUCCUGGUCUCGUCCUCCCUCCCGACUCCCUAGCUCUCCCUCCCCUCGCUUUCAUCCUCCUAUCCCCACCUCUCCAACCUCCUCUUUCAUCCCCCUCCCCUCUCCUCUCCUCCCCGCUCCCGCCUGCCCCACCCCUGGGAAGCCCCUCCCGUCGGGCAGCGCCGCCUUAUAAGCGGGUUCCCUUCCCGGGGGCGGCAGCGGCUGGUCGGCGGCAGCUCUGCUGGUGCGGGGGCGGCGAGCCCGGGAUCGAGCUACCGCGGCCGAGCGCGCCGGCCACUGCCUGCACCGCCCUUCCGCCCGCCCUCCGGACGGCCGCAGCCCUGCGGGUCUCCGCUCCAGACCCACCCCCGCCCCACCCCGCGCGCCUCUGCCGCCUCUUCCAGAGACCCAGCUUGCCGAGCGGCCGCCGCUGCCGCUGUCGCCGCCGCCGCCGCCACCGCGCCAGGUUCCGGCCGCGGCCACCCUCCGCCGUCCAGGGCCCCUCCGUCUUGGCCCCGGGACCCCGGCUCCCCGCCAGCCCCGGCCCCGGCCCCGGCACCAUGUCGGAGAAAAGCGUGGAGGCAGCGGCCGAGUUGAGCGCCAAGGACCUGAAGGAGAAGAAGGAGAAGGUGGAGGAGAAGGCAAGCCGGAAAGAGCGAAAGAAAGAAGUGGUGGAGGAGGAGGAGAACGGGGCUGAGGAGGAAGAAGAAGAAACUGCCGAGGAUGGAGAGGAGGAAGAUGAAGGGGAAGAAGAAGAUGAGGAAGAAGAAGAAGAGGAUGACGAAGGGCCCGCGCUGAAGAGAGCUGCCGAAGAGGAGGAUGAAGCGGAUCCCAAACGGCAGAAGACAGAAAAUGGGGCAUCGGCGUGAGCCCCUGCCAACAGGCUGGGGUUGGGAGGCCUCUCUGGGCCUGGAGGUGGGGGUGGGGGCAGACAAGUCCAGCCACUCUUCACCUGGCUCCCUGCUCUGGGCCCUGCACCAGAGCUGCCACCCUCUUCUUUCUCCCCAGCCUUCUCAUUUCCGCCUCUCCAGACACUGCGCCCUCCACCCUCACUCUGCCAUUGUUCCACCUCCUGACCUGCUCCAUCUGAGCUCUCCAGCUGGCCCCCAAUUGCUCCUCUCUCUCUUUGCUCUCUUUCUCCCUCCCCUACCAGCCUCAUUCUUCCUCCGGUAGCCUCUCCCACCUAACCUCUGCAUCCCCCAGCCUCAUGUUCUGCCCCAUCCCUAUCCUGCCUGAUCCCUGGAUCUCCCUCAGAUCCCCUCUUCUCAGACAGCGCCAGGCCGGGGUGGGGCCGGGGUUGGGGCCGAGCCCCACAGCUGCCCCCCUCCCCUCCCUUUUUGUAUAAUUUAAUAAAGAAAUGGUCGCGCUUCUGUUUUUAA